UUUGAAAUUAAUUGUAAUUAUUCAUUUUCUAGGUUUCCUUUGAGCUUGAGACACCGUUGAACAUCGUGAAACAAAGAAAAAUUGCCCCACAGUUGAGCCUCUGAGACGACACAAAAAAGCCAUCUACAUUUCUGAUCGUCUGUAUUGGGAAGCUGUUAAAAUUCUUUAUGAUCUGAAGGAGAACAACUGCCACUAAAACAUAAAACCAAAAUUAAUAUUUAGCAACAACUUUCCCUGAUGUUUUUUUUUAUCAAGCAGCUUUUUAUUGCAAAAAGUUGCUUAUUUUUUUUUAAAAUGAGCAAAACCAAAUUCAUUUUUUUUCUUUAAAAAACACAGCUUAAUUCCAAAAAAAAGCUAAACCUUGAGGCGCUGUCGACGAGAAAAUUAAUUGGAUAAAUUUGCAAACAUGGGUAGACCCAUAGAUCCAAAAGAGCUCCUCAAGGGACUGGAUUGCUUCCUUGGCAAAGAUGGAGAAGUCAAAACUCAUGAAGGCAUCACUAAAAUUUUUAAUUUAAUGAAAGACGCGCAAAAGAUGGUCAGUCGUUGCAUCUACUUGAACAUUCUGUUGCAGACCCGAGCACAAGAUGUACUCUCAAAAUUCAUCAAAGUUGGUGGCUAUAAGCUCCUUAACACGUGGCUAACAAGCUCAAAAGCUUCCAGUAACGUACCUCUUCUCCAGCAGAUUCUACUCACACUCCAACACUUACCUCUGACCGUGGAUCAUCUAAAACAAAACAAUACUGCCAAAUUGGUGAAGCAGCUCAGCAAAACAAGUGAAGAUGAAGAACUUCGUCGACUGGCUUCCAUACUGGUGAGCGACUGGAUGGGUGUGAUCCGCUCUCAAAGUAGCUCCCAGCCUACAGAACGAGAAAAGAAAAAACGAAAGGAAGAAAACAGAAGCAAAGCACCUUCCAUUCAGGAGAAACCUCAGGAAACCAAAUCAGAAGUGAAGCCUGAGGAGGCUCCUGAAAAGAAGAAAGAAAAACCAAAAUCUCUCCGCACCACAGCACCUAGCCAUGCCAAAUUUCGUUCCACAGGUUUGGAAAUGGAAACGCCAUCUCUAAUUCCUGUGAAAAAGAACAUAAACACUGCAGUAGCCCCUGAUAAAUACAGUUUCAAGCCAAUACCAUUGAAAAGACAGAUUGUAUCAAACCCAUUGGGAGAUAACCCACCUGUUGAGAAGAAAUACAAACCCCUCAACACCACACCCAAUGCUACCAAGGAAAUUAAAGUGAAGAUCAUCCCCGCACAACCUAUGGAAGGAUUAGGCUUCUUGGAUGCCCUAAACUCUGCCCCUGUCCCAGAAAUCAAGAUUAAAAAGAAAAAGAAAGUCCUGUCUCCAACUGCAGCUAAGCCAAGUCCUUUUGAAGGGAAGCCAGCUCCAGAAACCACUGCUGCCAAGCCAUCUUCACCAGAGCUGAACCCAGCUUCGGAACCAAUGGAUGUGGAUCGACCUGGUACCCCCGUGCCAGCUGUAGAGGUGCCUGAACCUAUGGAGACAAAUUCCUCAGAGCAUGGAGGUUUAUUGGAUUCAAAGCCGACUGAGAGUCCAGCUGAUUCAACCCAGUUGACAAAGAAGGGCAAAAAGAAGAAAACAGUGAGCUGGCCUGAGGAGAAUAAACUGCGGGAGUAUUUCUACUUUGAAUUGGACGAGACAGAAAGAGUCAAUGUAAAUAAGAUCAAGGACUUUGGUGAGGCUGCCAAGCGAGAAAUAAUGUUGGAUCGCCAUGCCUUUGAGACAGCCCGUCGACUUAGCCAUGAUGCGAUGGAAGAGAAGGUCCCCUGGGUCUACCCAAAGCCUAUUGAUUUGCCUGCCCCACUGGUUCAGCCAGGAAGUGGGAGUCAGGAGAAAUUCACUCAAGCUGAGCGCGAGAAAGGCAUUUUACAGGAGAUCUUUCUCUCAAAAGAGAGUGUUCCUGACAGCCCUCAUGAACCAGACCCAGAGUCCUAUGAGCCAGUGCCACCCAAGCUGAUUCCUUUAGAUGAGGAAUGCUCCAUGGAUGAGGCCACCUACGAUGAAAGACUCAACCCAUCCACCGCCUCGCAGUCUCCGGACGGAGCUGGGGGCUCCAAGCUCCCCCCGGUCCUGGCCAACCUCAUGGGCAGCAUGGGGGCAGGCAAGAAUCCACAGGGCCCCAACCCCAGCUCUUCUUCCAUCAACAUGCAGGAGAUUCUCACCUCCAUCAUGGGCGGCUCAAACAAUCACAAAACAGAAGAGUUGAUGAAGCAGCCAGAUUACUCGGACAAGAUUAAGCACUUGCUUGGCAAUUUGCAGGGCCAGCCUGGACCAAGUCCUUCAGGAGUUCCACAUGGGCUGCUUGGACCAGGACCUGGCCCGGUUGCCAAUGGAUUCCCACCAGGGCCCAAAAAUAUGCAGCACUUCCCUCCUGGAGGGCCAGGGCCUAUGCCUGGACCACAUGGAGGCCCAGGCGGUCCUAACAUGCCCCCAGGCCCUGGUGUGCCCAAUGGACCGCGGAUGAUGGGCCCACCUCCUCCCCAGUGUAAUGAUGGAUACUGGGAUCCUCCUGAUGGUGGCAUGCGUGGUGGGCCCCACGGAGGCAUGAGAGGUGGCAGUCCUGGCCCAGGACCCGGCCCUGGACCUUUCCAUCGUGGCCGUGGCAGCAGAGGUGGAGAGCCUCCUUUCCGAGGGCGAGGCGGACGGAGUGGUGGUCCCCCCAAUGGUAGGGGGGGCCCUCCCAACAACAGCAUGGGCGGUGGCCAUGGAGGGGGACACGGCAGCGGUGGCCAUGGAGGGGGACACGGCGGUGGUGGCCAUGGAGGUCACGGAGGAGGGGGCCACCCAGGGGACCACGGCAGGGGACAUCCAGGCGGUCAUCCAGGGGACCACAACCGGGGACAUCCAGGUGGUCAUCCAGGGGACCACGGACGGGGAUAUCCAGGGGACCACAGCAGGGGACAUCCAGGGGACCAUGGCAGAGGUCACCCAGGGGACCACGGCUGGGGGCACGGAGGCGGCCAUGGUGGAGAUAGGUCAAAGCGUCCUGUAUGUCGCCACUUCACCAUGAAAGGCAGCUGCAGAUAUGAGAACAACUGUGCCUUUUACCACCCGGGUGUGAAUGGGCCCCCCUUGCCCUAGCAUAUCAGGAGCCUGCGUUCCUCUCACCUAUCCUGACUGUGGCAUCUGGCGCACAUUCCCAUUGACCUUGAACUCCGCCUCUGGUUCCCCUUUCUGACUGAUGCUGCACCUGCUUUUUAUGGCUUCUGUGAGGCCCCUUUAAAUGCUUGGAGCAAGGGAACGUGACGACUUCCUCCUUCGGCAUCUGCUGCUACUGACGAACUGACACACCCUCAAAAGGGAGACUGUUGGGAGGCAUCUUCCCCCUCCCCAUCCGGGGAGGGGAGGCAACCAAUGACUUUGAAAGCACAAAGAGACUUGAAAGAGGGCGGUUGUGUGUUUUUGUUUUUUUGUUUUUGUUUUAAAAGCAAUUUAUAUAAAUAUUCCUGUGGAACCAGCAAAAAAGGAAGAGGGGAAUGUACUUGCUUGCAGCCUUGAUUUAACUGGGCAGUGUUGUUGAAUUUCCCAGGAACCAGACCAGUACUGUUGAACUUGCUUUGGUCUGGAGGAAGAGCUGGCAUCAUCAUCGGCAGGAAAACUCCUUUUUAGGAACGUGUGUGUGUGUGUUGAGGCAGGGGAGAGGGUGCAGCAACUGCUUGUGCAUCGUUCUGGGAGAUCCAAGGGCCGAAAUCCAUUUGAUGCUGCCUCAAAGGGCCCAAUGGGAGAACGGGGAAUUCCAGCCACCGCCACUUGCACAAUAAUACCCUCUCGAAUCAGGAUGCCCCAUCCGCCCCUUGUAACAUACCCCCUUGCAGUGCUCUAUGUUGAACUGCACAGAUGUGGUUUCCCUUGGUGCUAAGUCUGCCAUUGGGGGAAACCUACAAACUGUUUUCUGUGAAAACUCAAUCCGGAGACUUAAUGGUUUAAAGGGGUAACUUUUGUUUUCCUGAUUUACAUGGUUGGUUGUGGUUUUUUUUUUUAUUUAAAAAAAACAGUCUCGUAAGAUGUGGACUCUCACAGCAUCUUUCAUCUCCCCUCAUCCUGAAGUGGGUGCAGCAAUCUCUCUCCUGAGGGGGAACAAAAUGUCUCGCUCUGAGUUUUGUAUAUUUUGUACAUUAGUAAUAAACAUGGUGAAAAAGAAAUAUCUAAUUUAACAAUUGAUAGUGUGGACGUGUUCAUUGUUGAGCUUGGGAAUUGCAUUCUGUUGGCAAAAAGCGAAUAUAAUUUCCCAGGUCUUUAAAAUGUACAUUAACCAGCCAGUUAGGUAGAGCUUGAAGAUGCUAGCACUAUCAAUUUUUAGAUAAAUAAUGAUAUUCUUCGGAUGGGAGGAGGGAAGGGAAUCCACAUACUCAGUUCUGAGCUGUUUUCUAUUAUCCUGAGUAGAAAGCAAAUACUGUAUUUGCUUGGAUGGGCUCAUGUAUUGGUCAAGCCAGCGCUUGGCCCCAUUUCCCUGGGUUAAAAACCACACCAAUAAAAGUUCGCUUCUUAGGGAUUGCAGCAUUUUUUUUGGAAGAAUUUUGCAAAACACAUUCUUUCAGAAAGUAUUCCUAGGAAACAUCAAAGGUUUCAAUGUGUCUGUGUCUUUUACAAAAUGUUUGAAAAUGGUUUAAAAAUUAUCCUGAAGUGGAAUACAGCCUAAAUAUCUAUUUCCUCAGUUAGAAAUGUAGACCUGGAAAAAUAAGAAUAAUAAAUUGUACUGCUAAAUCUAAAUGAUGACAGCCCAUAGUGGUGUUUAAGUAUAAUCUUUAUUGUCAUUGUACUUAAAUACAACGAAAUUGGUUAGGGUUAGUUAGUUGGUGGUUAAUGAGUUUCUUUGGAAGGUAGUAUAUACACACACGGUAAGGACAGUCAAAUGGGACCAGUAAGAUGAGUAUAAUCUUCUGUAAAAGAUUAUAAGAUUUCCAAACAUUUAUAAAAGACUUAUUUUGGGUACCAAAACAACUUUAAAGGAAAAAAAGCAAGUGGUGUUUACAGCAUGCAGCAAGGUCAUCUUUUCUCAUGUGUCAUCCAUCUUUUCCAAGUACCACACUAAAGUAGUAUGUGAAAAAUAAUUUUGUUAUGUAAAAUUGAAGCCUUGCCUUUUCUGCUUGUAUGUUUUUUUUCUGUUGAACUAAUCUGUUCUUUAAAAUAAUUUGAAGCAAGUUGUGCAUUCUCCCUCCACGUUCCGGACAUUACUGAACUAUUAAGGCCAGUUGCUCCCUUUGGUAACCAUUGUUUCUAACGGUAGCUAAGCUUUUUUCUAGCUUUUUCAUGCUACGAUGUUUCCGAUUAUCUCAAGUUUAAGUACUAUUCCCCUCAGAAGUCUUGCCUUUUAUUGAGCUGCCUCCUUGGAGAGGACCCGCUAGGCAUAAUUUAGUGUGGAGAGAACAAGCUAGUCAUGUUGAUCUUCCAUAACAUUGCCUUUUUUUUUCACAGGAAAAGUGCUGAGGGCCAAAAUAUAAAAACCCAAGAAAAAGCAAAAUACAGUACAGAACUUAGACAGGAUAAAACUAGAUGUUUUAAAAGUGAGAUGGAUGGCAUAUCAAGUUAAUAAUAAAUAUAUUUCUUAACGAGUUUGUUGAAAACAGUACCAUGUGUCCAGCUCUUAAGGUCAGCUACUCCUCGCACAAGAAUUUCCUACAAAUUCUUUGCUCAACUCUCUUUUUAAGUGAUCUUGGAAUUGAUUCUCUAAGGUGACUUAGAAGGCUUACAAGACAGAUGAUAAUUUUGACAGUUGAAGUUGCUUAACCACACAACAAUGUAGUGUAAUGGCCCUAGCACUUUCACAACUUCAGGUGGGUGGAGAUUUGAUCCUCGUGAUACAACAGCCAAUUGGAGGCUCAAACACUGUACGGGAUCGCCUUAAGACAGGAUAGUUCACACCACUAACACAGGGAGGCUAAAUAUUCUCUUAGAAUCUGCAAGGAGCAGUAUUGUGUCCACUGAUAAAGAGGUAACCAAGGAAAUAUACCUGGAGUAGGAGGUGUCCUCAUGGUUAAUAUCCUGAUUAAUCUUUGGGCAUAAUUUUGUUUCCUUCCAUAGAGGUAUCACUCGUG